AUGGACACGAAUACCUCGACGUCUGCUUUUUCCUCCAUGCUGGCCAGCUCCUAUGGCACCUUCAACUUCCCUCCUCAGUUGGACAUGGUCCUCGAGGCUGUCACCACCGCCAGCCCCUGGACCAUUUUCCUGACUCUUUUGGCCAUGUGUGUUGUCUACGACCAAGUCAGCUACAUCAUGAAUAAGGGGUCAAUUGUUGGACCAGCUUGGAAGAUGCCCUUUAUUGGGCCUUUCUUGCAAUCCAUGGACCCCAAGUUUGAGGAAUACUAUGCCAAAUGGGCUAGCGGCCCCCUCAGCUGUGUCUCUGUUUUCCACAAGUUCGUCGUUAUUGCUUCUACCCGUGAUAUGGCUCGAAAAGUUCUCAACUCGCCUAUGUACGUCAAGCCCUGCGUCGUCGACGUUGCCCACAAACUCCUCGGCCACGACAAUUGGGUUUUCCUUGACGGCAAGGCUCAUGUCGACUUUCGCAAGGGACUCAAUGGUCUCUUCACUCGCAAGGCCCUCGAAUGCUAUCUGCCCGGUCAGGAGGAGGUCUACAAGAAGUAUUUCGCAAAGUUCCUCAAUGUCACCAAGGAGAACAACGGAAAGCCUGUCCCAUUCAUGCCCGAAUUCCGUGAGCUCAUGUGCGCCGUUUCUUGCCGCACCUUUGUCGGCCACUACAUGUCCGAUGCUGCAGUUAAAAAGAUUGCCGACGACUACUAUCUCAUCACCGCCGCCCUCGAGCUUGUCAACUUCCCCAUCAUCAUCCCCUUUACCAAGACUUGGUAUGGUAAAAAGGCCGCCGACAUGGUUCUUGUGGAGUUCGCCAAGUGCGCCGCGAAGAGCAAAGUCCGCAUGGCUGCUGGUGGCGAGGUAACUUGCAUCAUGGAUGGAUGGGUUCUUCAGAUGAUUCAGUCUGAGCGCUGGCGCGAGGCUCAGGAGAAGGGCGAGAAUGUGGAAAACGUUGAAAAGCCCUCUCCAUUGCUCCGCAUGUUCUCCGACUACGAAAUCUCUCAGACUGUUUUCACCUUCCUUUUCGCUUCUCAGGAUGCCACCAGCAGUGCGGCAACUUGGCUGUUCCAAGUCACCGCCCAGCGACCUGAUGUCUUGGAUCGCGUUCGCGAAGAGAAUAUCAAGAUCCGCAAUGGAGACCCUUACGCCGAGAUCAACAUGGACCAGCUUGAGUCUCUUACUUAUACGCGCGCUGUCGUUCGCGAAUUGCUGCGAUACCGUCCUCCUGUGCUGAUGGUUCCCUACAUGGUCAAGAAGCCAUUCCCCAUUACCGAUUCAUACACAGUUCCUAAGGGCUCCAUGGUUGUUCCUACUACAUACAUGGCCCUGCAUGACCCCGAGGUGUACGAGAAUCCCGACUACUUCGACCCUGAGCGAUACUACUCUGGAGACGCCGAAGUAAAGGGCGCCAAGAAUUACUUGGUGUUCGGCACUGGCCCUCAUUACUGCCUUGGUCAAGUUUAUGCUCAGCUCAACCUUGCCUUGAUGGUUGGCAAGGCCUCAGUGCAGAUGAAGUGGACUCACCACCCCACGCCUUUGUCUGAGGAAAUCAAGGUGUUUGCCACCAUCUUCCCCAAGGACGACUGCCCUCUCACCUUUGAGAAGCGUGAAUGGUGA